UGUUUUAUCAUUCAAUCUUGGUCUGGAGUUUGAAUUUUACUAAAUACUUCUAAAUACUAUUUCAAUGGACAAAAAGUAAACAGUAAACGAAAUGGAUCCCUCCGCAAUUUGUCGAGCUUGUCUCUCUAGAACCGGCGAUAAGUACCGUGCACUAUUCAAGGAAUCCCUCAUCUGCAGCGAAAAACGACGGUUCAUUGAUCUCCUAAUGGAAUGCAUCCCGACGCUUCAGGUUGCGGAACACGAUACUCUUCCGAGAACCAUAUGUGGAAGAUGCGCCUUAACUUUAAAACACUUCAUUCGCUUCCGAAAGAAAUGCUUGCAAGCAGAUGAGGAACUAAGGACACGUCCUGAGUUGUAUGCCAGAACCGAACCCGGCAAGGCAUCGGAAAACCUGAAGCAUUCCGAUGAAAGUGACUCAGAUGACGAAAGUGAAUGUAACAAUGUAACAGCUGUUGAGAUAAAGACAGCUCAAGAAAAAGAAGAGAGCGUUCCAGAUGUCGAAGGAACUGAUAAUUUAGUAGACAUUGUAAGCAAUUCCUGUGAACAAUACGAAAUACGCUCAAUUGAAUCUUUGGAGAGCAAUGAGAAAGACGACUCGAUCCACACAUUUCAGUGUAGCUAUUGUAACAAGGUCCUGCGCACUAGCAAAUCGUACAAAUACCACAUGCAACUUCACUCCGAAAUCGCCAACUUUUUGUGCAACUGCUGUGGCGAACGAUUCAAGACGAAGAUGGCUUACGUUGGACAUAUGGCUAGUCAUGACCCGGACAGGUUCAAGUGUGACAUUUGCGGAAAAUCAUACCGGCAGGCAGCGUCGCUUCGGAAUCAUAAGCUCAAUCAUAGCCAGGAGAAACCUUUCGUUUGCACGGUUUGCGGUCACUCAACGACUCAGAAGAGUGGUCUCAAGAAGCACAUGUUGACGCACUCCGAGAGCAAAUCAUACGUUUGUGACUUGUGCGGGGAUCAUUUUCGAUUUUCCAGCAAUCUCAUCAUGCACAAGCGUCGGAAACACUCGGUGGUGAAGAACUAUGCCUGCCCAAAUUGUCCGAAGGCAUUCGUGUCCAAGGACGAACUGUUGAAUCACUCGAUGUGCCACACGGACGAGCGGCCUUUCGAGUGCGAGAAGUGCCAGAAAACAUUUAAUCGGAAGAAUUCGCUUCAGUUCCAUCAGAAGCACAAACAUUCGAUCAUGGCGAAGCACGCCUGUCACGUAUGCGGCAAGGGAUUCGCACAGAAGGUGUCGAUGCAGAAUCAUCUGAAGACGCACCUAUUGACGGAUUGAGAAUUCCAGUUUUUUUUUAAAAUAGAAACCCUGCUAAUCUAAUACAUUACUGAGUAAC